AGGUCAGAGCUCCGCAACUAUAAAAAGACCUGAUCAAUGGAGCAAAGACAGCACGAUUCACCAUGGCAACGGGAACAAACACCUUUAGGGUUCAUACUUCCAGCCACAGAAAAUGAUGAUUUCCUACAAGCAUAUUCGACUACGAGAACAUUUUCAUCAAGAUCAACAGCUGCAGUGAUAGAACAGUUAAUGCGUUCGUCUACAUUUGAAUCACUUCAGUUCAGGAGAAGAACUGAAUCAGGAUCAGGAAGGUCAUUCUGUCACUUGUUAAGUGUUUUAGAUCUGUUAAUAAUUUAACCAGUGAUCUCCGUAUGACAUGACUGUCGUUCACAGACUCGGUUACCAUGGUGACUGAUUCUGAGUUCAGCUUAACCCGCUUCAGGAAACCGUUUGACCCACUUUCACAGCUGUUCCGCGGACGUGAGCAGAGAAGGAACGGACGCACCGAACCCGCGGCGCGCGCGCGCAGCCCGGAUGGAGCCUCAGCCCGCGGAGCGUCUCCUCCGCUGAUGAGCGGAGCGGAGCUCAGGGACGCGGAGGAAGGACGGCGAAGGGAUUCCGGGGGUCCAGCCAUGGCGACGGGAGGAGGAGGAGGGCGGAGGGGGGUCUGCUGGAAGACCUGCUACUUCCCGGUCCUGUUCUGGGCCGUUUCUGCGGGCGGCUGGGAGAUCCUGAUCCGGGAGGGGGGUUCAGAGUGGACAGCCACCUCUGCUGCAAAGACGUGGUUGAGAAACUACGGAUACCUGCGACCUCACGACAACCAGACGUCUGACCUGGAGCAGGAGAAAGCCAUGCAGUCGGCUCUGGCUGCCAUGCAGCGCUUCUACGGCAUUCCAGUGACGGGCGUCCUGGACCAGACCACCAUGCAGUGGAUGUGGACGCCUCGCUGUGGCGUCCCGGAUCAGCCUCACACCAGCCGCCGGCAGAGGAACAAACGCUACGCCCUGACGGGACAGAAGUGGAGGGAGAAGAAGAUCUCGUACAGCAUAUCAAACUACACCCCCAAAGUGGGGCAGAAGGACACCCAGAGAGCCAUCCGCCAGGCCUUCAGCGUGUGGCAGACCGUCACGCCGCUGUCCUUCCAGGAGGUUCCUUACUCAGAGAUCAAGAAAGAAGGUAAAGAGGCUGACAUCAUGAUCUUCUUUGCCUCUGGUUUCCAUGGCGACAGUUCCCCGUUUGACGGUGAGGGGGGGUUCCUGGCCCACGCAUACUUUCCUGGCGCAGGUAUUGGAGGAGAUACACACUUUGACUCGGACGAGCCGUGGACGCUGGGAAACCCCAGCAAUGAUGGAAAUGAUCUGUUCCUGGUGGCAGUCCACGAGUUGGGCCACGCGUUGGGUCUGGAACACUCCAAUGACCCCAGUGCCAUCAUGGCUCCUUUCUACCAGUACAUGGACACUCGGGACUUCCAGCUGCCUCUGGACGACCUGCAGGGCAUCCAGAAAAUCUACGGUGUGCCUACAGCCAUGCUGGAACCCACUCGCCCAUUACCCACGUUACCUUCUCGCCGGACACACUCCACCUCAGAGCGCAAACACGACCGGACCUCCCGCCCAGCCCGCCCGCACGGGGACCGGCCUGCGCUGCCGGGGAACGGCAAACCCAACAUCUGCGACGGCAACUUCAACACCGUGGCCUUCUUCAGGCGAGAGAUGUUUGUGUUCAAGGAUCGGUGGUUUUGGCGUCUGAGGAACAACAAGGUGCAGGAAGGUUAUCCCAUGCAGAUUGAUCAGUUCUGGAAGGGGCUGCCACCUCGCAUCGACGCUGCCUACGAGAGAUCGGAUGGGAAGUUUGUCUUCUUCAAAGGUGACAAGUUCUGGGUGUUUAAGGAGGUCAGCGCUGAGCCGGGUUACCCUCACAGCCUGAUGGAGCUGGGCAGCUUCCUCCCCAAAGACGGAAUCGACACGGCACUCCGCUGGGAGCCGGUCGGGAAAACCUACUUCUUCAAAGGAGACCAGUACUGGCGCUACAACGAGGAGAGGAGCACGGUGGACCCCGGAUACCCCAAACCCAUCUCAGUGUGGAAAGGAGUCCCUGAAGCUCCGCAGGGAGCCUUCAUUAACAGAGAGGGAUACUACACCUACUUCUACAAAGGGAAGGACUACUGGAAGUUCGACAACCAGAAGCUGACGGUGGAACCUGGAUAUCCCAAGUCCAUCCUGCGCGACUGGAUGGGCUGUGACCAGUCAGAUAUGGAGCACUCUGGUGGUAACCGUGGCGAUCGCCAGCUGCCACUCGAUGACGUGGACAUCAUGGUGACCAUCAACGAUGUCCCGACAACGGUCAACGCCAUCGCCGUGGUGAUCCCCUGCGUCCUGUCGCUGUGCAUUCUGGUGCUGGUGUACACCAUCAUUCAGUUCAAAAACAAGGGAGUGCAGCAGAAUACCAUUCCUCAGCACUACUACAAAUACCCCGUUCAGGAGUGGGUAUGACGGGCAACCUCAGCUCAGGUGGGCGGAGUCAUCUGGCUGUUGCAGAUGCUGGUUAAAAGUCUCUAACUGUGCUAACUUUGGAGCUUGCUGAAGUAGAAGUAGACAGUGAGUGGUUUGUCGUCACAUUUGGAGAAGCCGUGAUCAAACAUGGCUGAUGGUCAUGGCUGAUGGUGAGGACACGCCCGUCAGGACGCCAGCACCUCAUCUGCUCUGCUGUCUUCAAGCCAAAAGGACAGAAAACCAAUUUCUCUGAGGACCUACGACACAUCUUCAUCAUCUUCUCAGUGAAACCUUUAAACAGAACACGUUCAGCAGAAAUGACCCUCCCCUCCCAUAACCCCGGCAUCCCUUCCAACUUUGUUACAUCAUGUUAUUUACUUAGGAAGUUAGAUGGAAUUUUUUAGAGACAUUUUUUAUAAAAGCCCUAAAAACAUCUUGGUAGAAUGGCCAUAAGAACCAAGCAUCUCUUUUUUAGUCACACGGUUUUCUUUGCUUUAAAUGUGAUGAGAAGAAAACUCUCAGCAGGAGCUCAGAGGUCAGAGACUGGACCAGUUCUGGUGGCAGUCAUUUCCUCACAUGUGGUCUCUGACUGACUGCUCUCCAUCUAUUAUGUCAUGACUGCAAGGCCUGACCUCCAAGCAGAAGUAUGACAUCACCACCUGACUGUCUUAGCACAGACGUUGUGCUACAGGUCUGGGCAAAUGCUAGAUUUUGUCCGGGGUUUGUCUAAUUUACUGUAUAUUCUGUUAAAAUUAGUGAUAAAUGAUUUCAUUCUAAAAUUUCCGUUGAGUUUGAGAUUCAUCUUUAGUUGCUGUUUUACUUGAAGCCGUUUUUAACAGAGUUUGGAGCAUUCCUACAUUUGGAUUCUAAGACCUUUCCCAGCAUUGCUUAUUCUGAGAGGAAACGAGCGGUCCGGACCAGACCGGCUUAGAACGGUCCGGUUCUAUUCAAGUGAGCGUUUCCAUUGAGCGGUCCGGACCAGACCGGUUUAGAACGGUCCGGUUCUAUUCAAGUGAGCGUUUCCACUGAGCGGUCCGGACGAGACUGGUUUAGAACGGUCCGGUUCUAUUCAAGUGAGCGUUUCCAUUGAGCGGUCUGGACCAGACCGGUUUAGAACGGUCCGGUUCAAUAGUUUCCAUUGAGCGUUGGUCUAUCAAAGCGCAUGCGGGGUGUAGAUGAUGACGUAGAUGUGACUACAGAGAAAGAGAAGCUGCAUCAGCUGACUCAGAAACGGCGGGAAAAUGAGGAAGAUAACCAGAGGAUCAUUAUAAUCCGAUCAGAUGUUUGUUCUGGAUGAAGCCGGACUCUACGCUGCAGAACAGUCUAAUGUUCUGAAUUAAACAGAAAAAUAUCUCUUUAUGUUGAUCAAUACUCCAAUGUUCUUCAAUAAAUGUUUACAAAACAGAUCAGAAAUGCAAUAGAUGAGUAUGGAUCAAUAACGGACAUUCUUCGGUUGCGUGGGGGAGGGGUGAGACAGAAACGGGGGAGGGGUCUAUCCGGUCCGCCUGAGAAUAAGAGGAAUACUGUCUGUAAAGAAUUUCUUAUUCGUUGUAAGAAGAUUGUGGGAGGGAGAAUUCAGACAAAGAGGACAGAACUUUCUGUUUGGAUCUUGAGUCAGGGAAAGUGCUGGUCAGACGCUUCCUGUUGUCAUAAAACCUUUCACCAAUCAAUGGGUUACAUCAUGUGAUGACAGAAGCUCCGCCCUAACGGGUCCAUUCCAUUUUUCUAUGGACCUGCGACCAACGUGGGACCAGAAAUGGUUCCAGUUGGUCCUGCUUAACAGGUCCAUUUUGUAAUGGAAACACUCAAAAGUCCAGUCUGGCCCGGUCCAGUCCGGUCUGGUCCAGUCUGGCCCGGCCCAGUCCGGUCUGGACCGCUCAGUGGAAACGAGGCAUAACAGGCUCUCUCAAACCCUUCAAGAUUUCUUUGGUCAUUCUCUUCAACCAGUGAGACAAAGACAAACAGAUAUCCUUCAUGACUUUCUCUGGGAUAGAACAGUAUUAAUGACAGCUGAAGAAAGUAGAAAGACGACCUCUAACAAACCCAUUUCUACAAGACUUUUAAGGUCAAAACUAAAACUUGUGUAUAAAGUUGAAUGUUAGUUUGAUGGUCCGCUGGUUCCUCUAGGAUAGUUCUGCUCUAACUGGAGGUGUUGAAUAGAUCCAGUCAUUAUUAUGAGUUUAGACACUUUUUGGACUCUUCUUUUGACUGUUAAAUGAACAAAUGCUUGAACGUUAAACUGCCAUGACAAAGUGUUUUGGAGCAGUUGCCCCAUGGCUCAGUUCAAGCACACGCAUGUUUCUAUAAGUUGUUCAUUUGAUCAAACAAUAGUUUUAAGGUGAGACCAAGCAUGAGUUCCUCUAAAGCUUUUGUUGUAUCAGUGCGGUUGGAGGUCUGUCUCUGCAGGGUGAUGGAGGCAGACUGUCUGUGUGAAGCACGGCAGCAUCUACAGAGUUUAAUGGAGUUCUUCAGGUCAGAGUCAACGCCGGCUUUAAUCCAUCGUUCUGUCCGUCCAUCGCUUCCCUCUGACCUGCAGCCAACAAGAUCAUGAAGCUUUGUGUGAAAAAGACGUCCCGAAUGCUUCUACAGGAGUUGAAAGUGCUUCUGAUAUAAACCCUUGAGAUAUUUUAUAGAAGCCACAGCAGAAAAAGUUCUUAAAAAGUCAUGUGGACCGAGACAAUACGCCUCUCAUCUAAAAGGUUUCUUUUCCGAAUUGAGAUCAGUAUUUAAGAGGCUAAAUGUCUUUAAAAUAACUCACAAGUUGACAUUUGUAGAAAAUCCAAAAUAAUCAAAACUUCUCAUCACAACCAUCCAGUCCAGCAGCGGAGGGCGUUCCCACGAACCACAUUAAACGUCGGUGGUCGUUGUUAACCCGAGUCUUGACGGUGGACAUCAAAGGUCUGAUUCACAUAUUUGGUUUUCUUCCUUCCUGUCACGACCCUCUGUAUUCAUCCGGGUUUGGACCUCUCAUGGCUGCCAGAUUCCUCCCAAAAUAUCCCUCCAGAGCUUGGCAGCAAACUUGUUAUUCUCAGUCAUUAUCUUUAAAUAAAAAACAUGUUUCUGUCUGUUUAUGGUAAAUCUAAUGCUAAAUAUCAGGAGACAAACAUUCGGACUUCAGACAACAGAACCUGAACUUCUGUCUGUGCAGCAAAAGGAGCGAAUCCUCACAGCAGCUCAGACUUCAGCCUCUGCAUUUCUAAAGAUUCAAUCCAUCAGUGAAUGUUAUCAUCCCAGUGGAGCGUGUCAUACGGAGAAGCUGCUGGGAAGUCUAUUAAAGUACAGCAGCUCAAAUUAUUACUCAUUUUUGUAGGUUUAGCUUCAAACAGAAGGAUGGAUUUAAGAAAUAGAAAUUCAAAUACGUCAAACAUUAAUGUUUCAUCAUAGAGCAUGUCUACCUGUAAAUCUAACCUCCCUCUGGAUGACAUGAGUUCUAAAACAUUUCUGUUCCAAACGCAGAAAUAUUUUUAAGGAAAUAUUUAAUCAUUUCAUUUGCAAAUUAUGAAGUUUCGUCCUGAAAACUUUGUUUGUAAUUUAGGAAGUUUUGAUCUGAAAACGGACUUCUGUUCUAAUAUGGAGACACAAAAAUCAGUCGAUGGAGGAAACAGAAGAACGUGAGCCUGAAGUGACUCAGAGUCGCGUCUCUGUCAGUCUGACAGGGAGAAGAACUUCAGAGGUUUCUGAAUCGAAUCCCGUCUGUAAUCUGAGGAGGCUGACUGGUUCCAGCGAGUCACAAUCUGCUUCCCGCCGUCUGCAUCCACAUCUCACAUGCGCUGGCUGUCACACAUCACUAGAAAGACGAAGUGCCUUGCUCGUGGGCACUCCAGCUGUAGAUCAAACCAUUGUCACGUUGUGCUGACUGAAUCUGGUUUUGUGGAUGUUCUGCUGGAGUUCUGCUGCAGGUUCUGUGUUCCUGCUGUUGUUUUACUGCAGCUUUUGACUUUGGCUGCAGAGUCCUGAACCCGUCCCGGUCGGCUCCACUUCACUGCUGAUGUAGAAGAGUUUAGACAAACUCUGAGGAACGGCACCGACAGCUUUUCAAACCCUGUCAUGAAGAAACAUGUCCUGCAGAUGAAACGAGAACUUCACACUCACUGCUCCUUAUUUAUUAGCGAGGCUCAUUGAAAAACAACUUUUCCUGCUGAAUAUUGGUUUUGACUUUUUGUUUGUACACAACGUUCUCCUCUCCAUGGAGUACUUUGACUAUCGACUUCUGAAAAUCAAAACGUCUUUUUGAUGCAUCUUGUAAUUAAAUGGAGAAACGAAAUGCUUUGUUUUCAUGUCUGUUUUCUUCUGAUGUUGUAGGAAACUGUUGGGGUUCAGCCGCAUCUUCACUGAGAUUUUUACACUUUUUCUACUUGUUUUUUUUUCUUCAAAUAAACAUGUUUACCGUG